UCCAGCGCUUCGGUGACUAAGGGCUGGGGACUCGGGGAACAGGCUGGGAGAAGUGUCAGGUUUGACAUAUGGGUGAGAGAGUGCCACCUGAGGCCUAAGCUGGCCUGCCCAGGAUGCCCCGGGGCCCUCCCCUCACACCUCUGCCGCUCCUGUUCCUGCUGCUGUCCUCCACUCCCCGCACCGAGGCCAGCUUCCCCCAGGAUCCCCUCCCUCUGGCAACCUCUGACCUCCAAGGCCUGCCGCCCCUCUCCUGGUUCCGGGGCUUGGAGGAUGAUGCUGUGGCGGGAGAGCUGGGUCUGGACUUCCAGCGAUUCCUGAUCCUGAACCGGACGCUGCUGGUGGCCGCCCGGGAUCAUGUUUUCUCCUUUGAUCUUCAAGCUCAAGACUGGGAAGGGCUGGUCCCAGACAAGUAUCUGACAUGGAGGAGUCAGGACGUGGAGAACUGUGCUGUGCGAGGGAAGCUGAGGGACGAGUGCUACAACUACAUCCGUGUCCUCGUUCCCCGGGACUCCCGGACCCUCCUUGCCUGCGGGACAAAUUCAUUCAGCCCCAUGUGCCGCAGCUAUGGGAUUUCUUCCCUACAGCAGGAGGGUGAGGAGCUGAGUGGGCAAGCUCGAUGCCCCUUUGAUGCCACACAGUCCACUGUCGCCAUCUUUGCAGAGGGUAGCCUCUACUCCGCCACGGCCGCAGAUUUCCAGGCCAGCGACGCUGUGGUUUACCGGAGCUUUGGCCCCCAGCCCCCUCUCCGCUCCGCCAAGUACGACUCCAAGUGGCUUCGAGAGCCGCACUUUGUUCAUGCCGUGGAGCACAGAGACCAUGUUUACUUCUUUUUCCGAGAAGUCUCUGUGGAGGACGCUCGGCUGGGACGGGUGCAGUUCUCUCGGGUAGCCCGCGUGUGUAAGCGGGACGUCGGCGGCUCCCCCCGGGCCCUGGACCGGCACUGGACGUCUUUUCUGAAGCUUCGACUCAACUGCUCUGUGCCGGGAGACUCGACCUUCUACUUCGAUGCACUGCAGGCCCUGACCGGGCCAGUCCCUCUGCACGGCCGCUCUGCUCUUUUUGGGGUCUUCACCACGCAGACCAACAGCAUCCCCGGUUCUGCUGUCUGUGCCUUCUACCUGGAUGACAUUGAACAUGGAUUUGAGGGCAAGUUCAAGGAGCAGAGGAGCCCUGAUGGAGCCUGGACCCCUGUGCCUGAGGACAGGGUCCCCUCCCCCAGGCCAGGGUCCUGUGCAGGGCUGGGUAGAGCGGCUUCAUUUCCUUCUUCCCGGGACCUCCCUGACGAAGUCCUGACUUUCAUCAAGGCUCACCCUCUGCUGGAUCCCGCCGUGCCCCCCGCCACCCACCGGCCCCUUCUCACCCGAACUGGCAGAGCCCUGCUGACCCAGGUGGCUGUGGAUGGAGCGGCUGGUCGCCAUGGCAACACCACUGUCCUCUUCUUGGGGACUGAGGAUGGGACGGUCCUGAAGGUGCUCCCCCCCGGAGGGGGGCAUGGGAACACUGAGCCUGUCUUGCUGGAGGAGAUUGAUACCUACAGCUCUUCCCGGUGUGGCGGGAAGCGUUCGGCACAGUUGGCCCGAAGGGUUCUCGGGCUGGAGCUGGAUCCCGACGGCCACAGGCUCUUCGUAGCCUUCUCGGGCUGUGUGGUCCACGUGCCUCUCAGUCGGUGUACCCGGCAUGGGGCUUGUCAGAGAAGCUGUCUCGACUCUCAGGACCCCUACUGUGGGUGGGAAAGCUUCAAAGGCUGUGUGGAUGUCAGGGGACCCGGCUGGACUGACCUGGAGCAGGAUGGGGACAAGGUGGUCAUGGAUCAGGGAGACUGCCAUGAUGGGGCCACUGGGAGUCACUCCGGGCCAGGGGAUUCUGCCUACGGUGUCCGCCGAGACCCGCCCCCAGCCUCAGCGCCCGCCACGGUCCCGGUGCCGCUGCUCCUGGCCAGCGUGGCCGCCGCCUUCGCGCUGGGGGCCUCCGUGUCCGGGUUCCUGGUCUCCUGUGCUUGCCGCCGGGCCUAUCGCCGCAGUCCCAGGGGAACCAAAGGGGCCGGAAACCCCGGCUGCCCGGCCGCCUCCCCUGGGAGUCUGGCUCGGCUGCCGGGGGGGUCCCGGCGCCAGCUGGGAGGGGCCCCGCCGUCCCCAUCUACCCACCUUCCUCCCCAGCAGGCCCUGCCCGCCCGGCUGGCCUGCCUCCCACCCCGAUCACCCCAGCUCCCAGCCAAAGUCCAGGGGGCCAGGGGGCCCUGGGAGUGGAACCACAACGGCAACAACGCCCCCGCAGGGCCCCGGCCCCUGGGGCGGUCGGGCCCCCCCCAGGGUGUGGUGGGCCCCCCCCGGGCUGUCCCGCCGGGGUGAGGGACCACCUUGGAGGAGCUGCUCCGCUAUCUCCAUGCUCCGGCCUCCCGGGGGGGGACCCCGCCCCAGACGCCCCUCCCUCCCCUUGGGGGGCCCCACCCCUCCAGGCCAGCCCCCCUCUUCCGGCCCUUCCCCCCCCGGGUGGUCCCUCCUCGCCUGGACAUUCCCCCUGGCCCGGGUCCGUCCCUGCCCCCCCUCUCUGCCCCCGCUCCCCGCCUCGGGAUUGGAGGUUCGCGAGGCAUCUCCCCCUCCCCACACCGGGGGCCUCCGGGCCUGCUGACGCGCGUCCCCUCGGUGGGAACCUCAAGGUAUUCUGGGGGUCACGGAAGGUACCCUCUGUACCUCGGCCGGCCUGAGGGAUACAGGGGACGAGCCCUGAAGAGGGUCGACGUGGAGAAGCCCCAGCUGCCCCCUAAGGCUCCUCUGCUUGUGACCUCCCCCUCUCAAGCCCCCCCUGGUGGCCAUUUUAACUAUUGAGGGUCACUACUCGGUGGAGAGAGGGUGUGCUAGCCAGAGGGACUGAAGGGACACGGAACCCACACUAAUGGCAUCCUUCCUGGACUCGGGACCUCUCCUCUUCCCUACUUAUUGCCCAUCUUGGGCUUAUUUAUUGACUCUCAUCGUAGUCUUUUUCCUCGCUGCCCCGCGACUCCAGGGGUUGGGGCCCGGGGGGAGGCCUUGCCUCCCCCUCCCACCACUGUGAGCCAGCCCUACUUAGUGGGAGCUGGCUGGGGCGCCCACCCGUAACUCCUCCAGCCAAGCUGCCUUAGCCCUUCCCCCCAGCUCCUCCGUAGUCUGGGACCCCCAGGCUGGGGACGUCCACGAUUGGGGGAUUGGGGCAGGGUACGUAUGUAUAGUGUACAGGGUUCUCGGGGCUGCCCGAGACAUCAGCACCUCCUACUGUGUAGGAACCUUCCGUCACCCCAAUACAACGAUGCGUCUCCGA